CGCCCGACUAGAGGGGAAAUAGUGGUGGAAAGGGAACAUCUCUUUCUCCGAAAAAAUUGGCCAGACUUAGGAUCGGGGGUUGGAGCCAGCACCGCAACUGGGGUCGGAAGCAGAAACUGUCAACAUUUUGGCAAUGGGAAAGGUUGUAUUCAGAGAACCCCGCCUCCAAAUCAAACAUUGAAUGCAAUCCAAAUCCAUAUCCCGAAUCAUUUAGUGAUUCGAUUUUGAAUUAUUCGAAGGCCACAGCUGCAUUGCAAAAUUUUUUUUGACUGUUUACCGGUCGGAAAUGUAGAAUGUAAUUGCAAUACCAGAUCUCUUUCUAUCUUUCAGGCUAUCUUCCUCUGUUUAAUACUCUACACCCACUCCUAGAUACAUGCUUUCUCUCUCUUUCUCGCUUUGCCUCGAUCCCUCUAAAUCUGUUUGCCUGGCGCAAAAGUGCAGCAUGUUGCCAAUUUUCAUAAGAGCGAGAUGCAGGCGACUCCUACCUAUAAAUAGAAGGUAUCCCUCUGGGUGGGGUGUUGUGUGUGUGUGCGUAUGUGUGCCGCCUAGUGACCUCUUGUGGCCGCACACUGGUAUCGGAUGACUGCAAUUGUGUGUCUGUGGGUGGAAAGUGCAUUUAAAUAGGUCAAAAUAGUUGGAAGCCCAACCGGGCAUCAAGCCAUGGUCGUUCAAGGGUUAAUCAAACGAGACUCCUUCCCUGCCGGUGUUUAUAUGCAUAUGUGUGUGUGAAUGAUCUCCGUAAUUGCGUUGGUCUCACAAUUUUUUGUAUUCUUUGGUUUGCUUUCGCUCUGUUUUCGUUUUCGUUGAAAUGCAUUUGUCAGUCUCUCCUUGUCUGACACAAUUGGCACUGACUUCAUUCCGUUUCAUUCAUUCGCACUGCCGCCCCGCGUGCAUUGCGGUUUUCUGCUCUCCCGCUCUCUCUGCAACCACUGCUGUUGGGGCUGCCAACCUGUUUGCAUUUCACAUUGUAUUUUGUGAGCUUUUUUGGGGGAAAAAGAGAGAUUAUACCCCAAGAUGAAGCAUGCCCCGCGCCGUCGUACCCGUUCAAAAGCGGACACGCAAACAGCAUCUUCCUCACAGUCAAGAGGAGCCACUACGCUACCCCUCAAGGACACAUCGAACAUCAGCGAGAAGCCGCAGAUCCCAAAGGAGCACCAGCGACCGCUUCAGUGCUUGGAGACUCUUGCCCAGAAGGCGGGCAUCAGCUUUGACGAUUCCCAGGACUUGUCCCAGCAGCAGCAGACAGCCCCAAUCACAAAAAAGAGGAAGGGAAACGGAAACGAAAACGGAGAAGGAGGAGGAGCCGGGACACCCCACACUACACGUCGGACCCGCACUGCCAACAGUACCCCACAGCACUCAGCGGGACACAGCGGCAGCACUCAUAUCAUGGAGAAGUCACAGAGCCCCGCCCAACAGGUGGCGUCCGCCACAUCGGUGCCCCUGCAGAUCUCACCGGAGCAGCUGCAGCAGUUCUACGCGAGCAAUCCGUAUGCCAUCCAGGUUAAGCAGGAGUUCCCCACGCACACGGCGGGCACCACCACCACAGAACUGAAGCAUGCGACGGGUUUGCUGGACGCCAGCCAGGCAAGCCAGUUGCAGCUCCAACAGCUCCAGCAGCUGACGGCGGCGGCAGCCGAUGCAGCCGGAGGAAACGGUUCUGCGGGUGGUGGGGCAGGGAGCCAGGGCGGAGGCGCACCCAGUCCGGCGAACCAGCAGGGACAGCAACAGCAACAGCACUCGACGGCCAUUAGUACGAUGUCGCCGAUGCAGCUGGCGGCAGCCUCCGGCGGAGUGACUGGUGACUGGUCACAGGGUCGGACGGUGCAGCUGAUGCAGCCUUCGACGGGGUUUAUCUACCCGCCAAUGAUGAUCUCCGGCAACCUGCUGCACUCCGCGGGCAUCGGCCAGCAGCCCAUACAAGUGAUCACCGCCGGGAAGCCGUUCCAGGGUAACACCCCCCAGAUGAUCACCACUACCACACAGAACGCCAAGCAGAUGAUCGGUGGGCAGGGCGGGUUCGCAGGCGGCACCUACGCCAUCCCCUCCAGCCAGUCCCCGCAGACGUUGCUCAUCUCACCCGUCAACGUCAUCUCCCACUCGCCGCAGCAGCAGCAGAGCAUUCUUCAGUCGAUGGUCGCCCAGCAACAGCAGCAGCAGCAACAGCAACAGCUCAACGCUCAGCAGCAGCAGCAGCUGACAGCGGCUCAGCAGGCGGUGGCCAUGGCCAAGGCGGGUGUGGGAGUGGGAGCUGAUGCCCAGGGCAAGAUGCAGGCACAGAAGGUGGUCCAGAAGGUGACGACCACCACCAACACGGUGCAGGCAGCCUCGGCAGGCGCUGGCGGGGCACAGGCGCAGCAGCAACAGCAACAACAGACCACCACCCAACAGUGUGUCCAGGUCUCGCAGUCGACAUUGCCCGGCGUAGGAGUGGGUGUGGGCGUGGGCGGGCAGCUGCUGAAUCCGCUGGGCGGGACUGGCGCGGGCCAGGGGCAGCAGAUGCUGGGUUCCUGGUUCUGGCAGAACAGCCUGCCGCCCUUCGGCUCGAACUCUAUUAUACUGCGGGGCCCGCCGGACGGCACUCAGGGCAUGUUUAUCCAGCAGCAGCCAACCACGCAGACACUCCAGACGCAGCAGAACCAGAUCAUCCAGUGCAAUGUAACCCAGACACCGACCAAGCCUCGCACCCAACUGGAAGCUCUGGCCACCAAGCAACAGCAGCAACAGCAGCAACAACAGCAGCAACAACAGCAGCAGCAACAGCAGCAACAACAACAGCAGCAACAGCAGCAGCAACAACAGCAGCAGCAGCAGCAGGCGGCGGCCAAUUGCCAGGCGCAGCAGCAGCAGCAACAACAGCAACAGCUAGCGGUAGCCACAGCUCAAUUGCAGCAGCAGCAGCAGCAGCAGCUGACGGCCCUUCAGCGGCCUGGAGCGCCGAUUAUGCCCCACAACGGAACCCAGGUGCGCCCGGCCAGCUCCGUGUCCACGCAGACGGCGCAAAACCAGAACCUGCUCAAGGCCAAGAUGCGGAACAAGCAGCAGCCUGUCCGUCCGGCGUUGCCGGCCCUCAAGACGGAGAACGGGCAGGUGGUGGCGGUUGGUGCGGUGCAGAGCAAGUCAGUGGGGCAACACAUGGCUGCCAUCCAGCAGCAGCACCAGCAGCACCAACAGCAGGCGAACCUCCACCAGGUGGUCACCACAGCGGGAAACAAGAUGGUCGUCAUGAGCACGGGCACGCCCAUAACCCUGCAAAAUGGUCAGACCCUGCAUGCAGCAACAGCGGCCGGAGUGGACAAGCAGCAACAACAGCAACAGCAGCUGCAGCUUAUGCACAAGCAGCAGUUCCUACAGCAGCAAAUGUUCCAACAGCAGAUAGCCGCCAUCCAGAUCCAACAGCAGGCAGCAGCCCAACAGCAGCAGCAACAGCAACAGCAACAAGUCGCCCAGCAGCAGCAACAACAACAGCAGCAGCAGGAUCAGCGGCAACAGGUGGCACAGGCUCAGGCCCAAGCUCAGGUUCAGGCUCAGCAACAGCAGCAGCAGCAGCAGGCAUUGGCGCAGCAGAUACUGCAGGUGGCGCCAAACACCUUCAUCACCUCCCACCAACAGCAGCAGCAGCAGCAGCAGCUCCACAACCAACUGCUGCAGCAGCAGCUCCAGCAGCAGGCGCAGGCCCAAGUGCAAGCUCAGGUUCAAGCUCAGGCACAGGCACAGGCCCAGCAGCAACAGCAACAGCAGCAACAACAGCGGGAGCAGCAGCAGCAGAACAUAAUCCAACAAAUUGUGGUACAGCAGGCGGCUGGGGCGGGUCAACAGCAGCAGCCACAGCAACAGCAACAGCAGCAGCAGCAGACGCAGCCAGGACAAUUGCAGCUGAGCAGCGUCCCCUUCUCGGUGUCCACGACCACGACGCCCGCAGGAAUAGCCACCUCGAGUGCCCUCCAGGCCGCUCUCUCCGCCUCCACCUCCGGCGCUAUCUUCCAGACGGCCAAGUCGACGAGCAGCAGCUCCUCCCUGCCCACCAGCAGCGUGGUGACUAUAACAAACCACACAACGGGACCUCUGGUCACAAGCAGCACAAUGGCAGCCAGCCUCCACCAAGCCCAGCUGCAGCAGCAGCAGCAGCAGCAACAUCAGUUAAUCUCAGCCAGCAUUGCAGCAGCCACACAGCAACAGCAGCAGCAGGGACCACCCGCUCUGGCGGCUGCAUCGUCCUCACCCGCCACGAACCCCAUCAUGGCUAUGACGUCCAUGAUGAACGCCACGGUUGGGCCUGUCACCAGCAGUGCAGUGACACCAUCUCCUGCAACACUGGUCGCGUUCAGCGCUGCCAGUGGAGCCAAUCAUCCGGCGACACCCACCAAGGAGGCGACGCUGAAGAUGCCCACCCCCUCCGCCACCCUGGUGCCCAUUGGGUCCCCUCUAAACAACAGUGCCGUUGGCCAGGAUCACCACCCAUCCUCCGUCAACACCACCCCCAGGUCCGUUGGAAGCGCCAGUGCCUCCGCGGAGGCUAGUAGCUCAACCAGCGACUCGAGGGUAAAUGGAGAGGCCCCGGAGGCGUCUCACAGCAACAGCACGACCCCCACCACGCCUACGAGGCCCACCAUCAGCACGCCCACUACAAGGCAGAGCAAUGUGGUGCUGCCCACGAGUAGCUGCAGCACCACUAGCUCCUCCACCCCCACGCACAGUGGGAAGGAUGAGGGCAAGGGCGGAGCGAGCACAGCCAUCAGCACCACCAGCGCACCUUCAACGCCGACAACGACGAUAGUAGGGAACGGGAUUGGGAUAGCCACCAUGGCCAGGGCAGCGAGUACCACUGCGACCACUACCACCACCACGAGCAGCAGCACGACUACACCUACAACCACAACGAGCAUCAGCAAUGGGAACAGCAACGCGGCGGGGAAAGAUCUGCCGAAAGCCAUGAUUAAGCCUAAUGUGCUCACUCAUGUCAUCGACGGAUUCAUCAUCCAAGAGGCCAACGAGCCCUUUCCUGUAACGAGGCAGCGCUACGCAGACAAGGACACCAGCGACGAGCCGCCAAAGAAAAAGACUGCCAUGCAGGAGGACGCGAAGCUGUGCGGAAUAGCCACUGCAACGCCAACCACAACCAAAACCCAAACAGCAGCUGCUAAUGCAGCGGGUCUACCCACGGACAUGGUGGCCUGCGAGCAUUGUGGCAAGCUGGAGCACAAGGCGAAGCUCAAACGGAAGCGCUUCUGCUCCCCAGGAUGCGCUAGGCAGGCGAAGACUUGCGUUGCAGGCAUUGGAGCUGCAGCUGCAGCUGGAGGCGGACUGGGAGAGAACAAUGGAAUGGGAAUGGAUAUGGAAAUGGGAGGAAUUGUGGGAGUGGAUGCCAUGGCUCUGGUGGACAAACUGGACGAGGCUAUGGCCGAGGAGAAAAUGCAGAUGCAGACCGACGCCUUGCAGGCGCUGCAGCCCGAUCCGAUUCCGAUGUCGACCACCACGGAGGGGCCACUGGUGUCUCUUCCUGUCCUGCCGGUCAUGGCAGCCACCCCCGUUCCAGUUCCUCCCUUAGUUGCAGUCGCACUCGCAGUCCCCACUCCUGUGGCCCUGCCUGCGGCUCCGUCUCCAGCUCCCACCCCACCUGCGGCAGCAGUGGCGCCCCAGCCACCUGUACCAACACCAACAUCCUCCUCGACCGCAGGCGAGCGUUCGCCCAUUUGCAACUGGAGCGUGGAGGAGGUCGCUGACUUCAUACGGAACCUGCCCGGCUGCCAAGACUAUGUGGAUGACUUUGUCCAGCAGGAGAUCGACGGUCAGGCGCUGCUGCUGCUAAAGGAGAAUCACCUGGUAAAUGCCAUGGGGAUGAAGCUGGGUCCCGCCCUCAAGAUUGUGGCCAAGGUGGAGUCCAUGAAGGAGGUGGUGCCAGCGCCGGGCUCUGGCGAAGUCAAGGAGGCGACGGCAGCGGGAGGAGCUCAAUAAUAUCAGCAUCGGCCUGAUGCUCCAGCCUAUGCCGAUGACGAGGGGAUUCCCAUGCCCUCCUACUCGACAUCCCCGCCACCAUUUUCGCUUCUCCAUCUCCGGCUGACGUACGGAUCGUGGCAAUAGAGGGAUUUGUUACAGUAAACUGGGAUAGGAUACGAUCACCGGUGGGUGUAGCAGUGGAGGAGAAGGCGGAGCAGCAGCCAACCACACGGUCCAACAAUUUCCUCCGCCAAUAUCAGCAAAAAAAAUCUGCAGGGCUGUCGACCCCUGUAUAUUAUAGAGCAUAGACUUUGAACCAGGACAGCAACGUCUCUUAUCAUUUGUACAGAUUUCCAGAGAUCUAAAUAUUAGGCUAUAUUGACUUCAAAUCGUACUAUUAUAUAUCAAGAGUACAGAUACCGAUAGUUAUCCGCAGAUUAAACUUCUAGGCUUACGUUUAUUUAUUUGAAAAUUGUUAAUCAUUCAACACCGACACAGCAUAGGCGAUCGAUCACCUGAACUAAAAUUAAUUGCAUGCGGAUAUGCAUAGGAUGUAACUAUUUAAACAUAGAAUUAAGCUAAUGCAUCUUUAAGGCAUCUUUUUUGCAAAACUGAGUUGGACAUUAAAUAUGUUUAAAUGCUUAAAUUUCAAAUAAUUGACUCGCUUGGUGCAUAAGUAUUUCCACUCUUCAAAACUCAUCCAAUUUCUGUACAGCUUCUAGCACUAGUGUUUAAAAAAUUUAACAAUGGUUCCAGUACACACGCAAAUGAAUGAUUAUAUUAUAUAUUUAUAUAUUUAUUAUAAUGCGUAAGUAUUCUUUUUUUUUACAACAAUUCCUAAACAAUUUUUUUGGCUAUCUGCUAAAAAAAAUAUAAAAUAUCACUGGAAAGUGUGUCAAAUA